AUGAGAUAUGUACUAUUUUCUUUGAGCGCGUCGGUGUUCUACGCCAUAUUCUAUUUUUCCUACAUCAAUGGCCUCGAUGCGCUGGGCCGCAAAUCCAUUGAAUCCGGCAAGCUCCCGAGCAUUGAUGCGCCUUUGCGCACAGUCUACACGGGAAUCAAGGAAGUCGAUCACGUACUGACUCUUUUGACGACAUUUUUCUACCCGGCACUCGAUGGCAACAACCCUGGUCUGCUGCUUCACGGUGUUUCAUUUAGUGGUACAUUCGGCGCAACCUGGACUCUCAUUGUCUUGGAAUCUUGGAGAAAGGGCAAUGCUGGGACAAUAGCCGCUUACCCGACCAUAUUUGGCCUCAUCGCUCAAGUAUUAACUUUUGCCUUUGGGAUCCCAUUGGCAUGUGGUCUUCAGCUGGGCAGCUCAAUCACUGCGCGCCGUCCUCACGCAGAUAAUAUCCGCAUUCCGCGAGCAGUUCUCGCAGUUCUACCGUUGGUCUUUGUCGUAGGAUACAUGGUGCCGACCGUGGCGAUGACGUUGCCCGCUCCCUCUGUGAUCCCCGUGGAGCUAAAGCAGAUCGCCAUUGCCAUCUGGCACCCCUGGCCCGCCUACGUGUCAAUCCUGACGACGGUCGCCUCCUUUAUUCUGUCACCUUUCUUCUCUAACAACCACCGGGCAUCCAUGUCUAGCUUGCGCUGGGUCUACGCAUUUGCGUUCGCCAAUGCAUCUCUCUCGCACAUUGUGUCUUUGGUCGUCUCUUUGGCAACCGUUGUAGUGCCCGUUCUAUUUGAAGACCGUUUCCUGGACUCCCUUUCCCCGGCCAAUGUUUUCUCGGUUCCUCUGCCUUGGUCUGCGCUGACGGUUGAUAAUGUCGGUGACGGUGUCCAUGUCUUCCUCCGAUGGGACUAUAUGAUUGGUUCUGCGGGUAUCUUGAUUUGGGCUAUUUCGCUGUACACCGUUGCUCACAGGCAACUCCUCAACACUGUCUCUUGGCCCAGUCUUUUGGUUAAGAUUGCUCUGUUGACGGUUCUUGUCGGCCCUGCAGGUACUGCGGUGGAGUUGAUUUGGGAGAGGGAUGAGCUCGUGUUUACCGAGACUGGCGGUAGUAAGCAGCAGGUUUUGAAGGCCAAGAAGUCCACCUGA